ACACACCCUGGCGCGGAUGUUAUCCGAACAAACGUCAGAGUGUGUGUCGAUCUUGACCGCUUUCGGAUAGCUUGGUAGCUGCUCCUUCCCCGCCUUGCACCUUAUCCCCGCUCCAUGAGCGACUCGAGCGCUGCGAAUCCGAUGGAGAUGAGCGCGCCGAGGAAGAAUGGUGGCAUUCGCCUAUUAGAACGCAUGGACGCAGUCCAUCCGAUGGUCACUCGCUUCUUGACCUGUCACCUUCUGUACUGCAGUGUUUACCACGACUCUACAGUACUGCGAUCCUCGCAUCAGUAUAUCCGGUUAUAAGUCGUGUAUUGCUUGCGAUCCGUUGCGGAGCCAAUUGCGUCAAGAUGGUGAUCUUCAAGUCCAGGCAACCGCCUAUCGAUCUGCCAGCCGAACUGACGGACUGGGACUGGCUCUUCGAUUCCGCCUACUCACCCAUCAACAAGUACCCACCGAACGAACUUGCUGGAUUCCAAAAUGCGAUUACGAAAGAGCGUGUAAACUGGGCUGACGUAAAGAAAUAUUCCACGUACAUCUCCACUGCGCUGGUCAAGAAGUAUGGCCUUAAAGAGGGCGAGACAGUGGCGCUGUUCAGUCAAAACACUGUGUGGUACCCGGUAGCCAUGUUUGCAGGACUCCGGGUGGGAGCGAAGAUCAGCGGUGCUAGUCCGGCAUACAACGUUGAAGAGAUGACAUUCGCGCUGAAAACCGCGGAUGCAAAAUUCUUGAUGACUACACCCGGUAGUAUGGAGAUCGCAGCUGCGAGCGCAAAGGCUGCAGGCUUACCACAGUCCAACGUUUUCUUACUAGAGGGCGAGCUACCUGGAUACACCACCGUCCAGGAUCUAAUUCAUAUGGGCGAGUCGUACGGCGAGUCUGGUCAGACACCAGCAUUCAAGCUGCCUCCCGGCAAGAAGAACAAAGACGUCUGCGGUUUUCUGUCUUUCUCAUCUGGAACGACUGGAUUGCCAAAGGCUGUGAUGAUCAGCCACCAAAACGUCAUAGCACAGUGUCUUCAGAUACAGCAGAUCACGCCUGAAACCCAGAAAAAGAUCAUGGCUGUACUGCCGCUGUUCCAUAUCACCGGUCUGGUCCAUCAGAUGCAUCUGCCAGUUCUGCUCAACGCUGAGGUCGUUAUGCUUCCACAGUUCACGAUGGAAAAGAUGUUGGAUGUCAUUGUCGAAUACAAGCUUAGUGAGCUUCUACUGGUACCACCGAUUCUCAUCAGACUCGUGCGCGAUCCAUUGGUUGACAAGUACGACCUCAGUCAUGUCACACGCUUUUCGUCGGGCGCCGCUCCGCUCUCGGAAGAGAUCAUCCAGCAGCUGCAGAAGAAGUUUCCCAAUACCGGGUUCAAACAAGGCUACGGGAUGACGGAGUCGUGCUCGUGCAUUACUGCACACCCACCUUCAAAGUUCUCAUAUAAGUACGCUCACUCUGGUGGUGCGAUCGUAGCUUCUACCGAAGUCAAGAUCAUCAAAGACGACGGCACGGAAGGCGAUGUUGGAGAAGAUGGCGAAGUUCUCGCUCGCGGGCCACAGGUUGUCAUGGGCUAUCUCAACAACGAGAUGGCUACUCGCGACACUUUCGAUGCCGAUGGCUUCCUUCAUACCGGCGAUCGCGGUGCCAUUGAUGAAGAGGGCAUGAUUCACAUCUCCGAUCGUAUCAAGGAACUCAUCAAAGUCAAGGGCAUUGGCGUUGCGCCUGCUGAACUCGAAGACCUGCUCUUAGGCCAUUCGAAAGUCGAAGACGUCGCAGUGAUGAGCGUGAAGGAUGAUUACUCUGGUGAGCUGCCAAAGGCGUACGUUGUGUUGAAGCCGGGAACGGAAGAGAACACAGCGGUUGGGAAAGACAUCAUCGCGUAUGUCAAGGAGAAAAAGGUGAGAUACAAGUGGGUUAAGGAAGUGGAGUUCAUCAAUGAGAUUCCGAAGAGUCCUUCCGGCAAGAUUCUGAGGAGAGUGCUAAGGGACAAGGAGAAGAGUGGGAAGUUUGGGCUUGUUGUUAAGGACGAGGCUAGGGCAAGGCUGUAGAUGAGUGAUCUCAUUGGUCGCUGUAUUCAUUUAGCGACAAUAUGUAUACGCAGGCAACAGCGAACUCAAUGAUGAGCAACCACAGCCCG